GAUUAAGCAAGAUUGCCAGCUGGACGAAACUAGUUAGCUCACAUGGAAAAGUUUGAAACUCUUUACAUCACCGUGAAAAUAUAUUACGUUAUCCUCGCUGUUGUUGGUGUUCCUGUUAAUUUAGUGGCGAUUAUGAUCCUUUCCAGAGGAAAAUGUGGACUUUCUACGUGCACCACUCAUUACCUGAUGGCAAUGGCAGUGGCAGAUCUGCUGGUCAUUAUUGUUGACGUAAUACUGUGGCGAAUCAGUUUUUACUAUUUCCCAGAUUCGUUUCUGAACAUCACCCCUGUAUGUAGUACAAUUGACGUUCUGAGUGGUGCCUCUACAGACUGUUCUGUUUGGUUCACUGUUGUUUUCUCCUUUGAUCGAUUUGUUGCAAUUUGUUGCCAGAAACUGAGGAGGAAAUUUUGCACUGGGAAAGUGGCAACUGGUGUUCUCGCAACAACUUGUAUUCUACUCUGUUCAAAAAACACUCCUUUCUAUUUUACUUUUGAACCCGAAGAGAUAAUCAACAAUAUACCAUGGUUCUGUAAUGUAAAACCAAGCUUUUAUCGUGAUCCAGAAUGGAUGGUUUUUGACUGGAUUGACAUGAUUCUAACACCGUGGUUUCCCUUUGGUUUGAUUUUGUUUCUCAAUGCUCUAACAGUCCGGCAUAUUAUAGUAACAAGCCGAAUCCGGAAGAGAUUAAAACAUCAGAACAAAGAAGAGAUUUGCAGUGACCCAGAAAUGAAGAGCCGGAGAAAGUCUACUAUUCUGCUGUUCACCAUAUCCAGCAGUUUCAUUCUGUUAUGGUUGGCACAUGUUGUGGAAUUCCUAUAUUAUAAUAUUGCAGGAAUGGAGCCCACCGAUUACAGCUAUUCUCUAUACACAUUUGCUGAAGUUGGAUUUAUGCUUAGAAGUUUAAAUUGCUGCACAAACACAUUUAUUUAUGGGGUGACUCAGUCCAAGUUCAGAGAUCAGCUUAGGAAUGCAGUGAACUGUCCUAUUAGUACAAUUAUUCAAUCUAUCAAUAAUGAAAAAUAAAUUCUAAACUCUAUGUUUUUCCAGACUUAAGCCUGAAACGAUCAUCUAGUGAUUUCUGCAAAGAUAUAACAAUGAUCUGAAAGUAAUGCACACAGAUGGGUAAAUACAUUGUUCAGAACAAAGAUAAACUUGCAAACAUAUAUCUGGUUUAUCACUGAUAUGUCAUUAGGAUAUAGAGCACAGUGAUAGAUGGUUUAAUGGAAGAGUUAGAAUCACAGGAAAAAGCAUGCAAAUUGCAGAACUAUGUAACAGUAAUCAGGAGCGUGUGCUCAACCAGGCCAUCGAAAGAGGUGAUGGAAGCUAUGACUUAGGAACUGCCCAGAAUGAAUCAGCCAAUGGUGUAGAUGUAUAUUCUUUACAGCUGAAUAACAAAACUAAUGUGUUCCAGGACUGAGUUGAAACAAAAUCUGCAAAGGCAAAAUGAUGAACAGCAGGAAUGCAAUGUCUGACAUUCCAAUAUUGAAAAUAAGGAAAAGACUACAAGUUUGCACCAAUGCUGCACCUGGACAUAUUGGACAUGAAAUGGACUUCUCCCCAAUAUAGCUGAAAUUAAAACUUGUCAAGUAGAAAUCUAAGAUACAACAACUGCUUUCUCACAGAAGAAGGUGCAAUAAACUGUAGGUAUCCAUAUGAGAGUGCAGACUCCAUUGUCCAUGCAAUGAGGUGGAACUGAUGUACAGGACAUUACAAGGGUAGAGGUGAAGGACAUCAUUCCAAUACACUUUUUGAAAGACUCACAAACCUGAACAAGUUCCUGUCCCCCAUUGAAUAAGACCCCUGUGAAAGCUGGCUUGCAUGCACAGAAUGACUAAAGGAUGAUUAAAAACAAUUAUAUUUGUGCCACAAUGUACUGAA